UAACCAUUCAGGCACGGGUUGUUGCAGUUGGACACUUGAGUUGUAUUCCAGAGCCACCUAAAUUGAUGCUUUAGAAAGGAUGCGUCCUUACCUGUGUGAUAAAAUCAUAGCUGAGAGACACUUUGACUACCUACGUUCAAAGAAAAUACUCACUAGAGAGGACACAGAAGAAAUUUCUUCUCGAUCUUCCAGUAGGAAAAAAACUGGGAAGUUAUUGGACUACUUAGCAGAAAACCCAAAGGGACUAGAUGCUUUGAUUGAAUCUAUCAGGCGAGAAAGAACACAAAACUUCCUGUUACAAAAGAUAACUGACGUAGUGUUGAAAGUCAAAAAUGAAAAACUUGAAGCUCUCAAAGGUCUAAGCUGCAGCACCUGUAUGACCACGCUCUAUGGAGGAACAAAUAAUCUUUCUAGAUCAUAUUCUGAUGAAUCUAAUUUUUUUGAUAAAACAAAAGACAAAGAAUCUGCCCAGAUACAUCAUCCAGAAGAAGAUUAUAGCACCGCCGCCUUUAUGUCUGCUGUCUCUCUUCAUUCGAUGAAUUUACCAAUUGCCGAGAUGGGAAAUGCAGAGAGUGCUGUUUUCUCAGCCACCCUUCCAGGGCCUGGAGACCCCGGUGCACCCCCUCUCCCCCCAGAGCUCCAGUCAGAGCAGCAAGAACCAUGUACUAGUUCAAGUGACAAUUGCUUUUUGCCUUUAAGAUCACGUUCUCUUCAACCAUAGUGAAUGUAGUGACUUUUGUCUCUUCAACCAAACGGUACUGAAACUGUGUGAUGUCUUAUAAAGGUUAAAAAAGUGUUUUCAAACUGCUAGCUAGCAAAAUCAGAGGAAACAAUCUAUGCUAUUUACUGGUUUUAAGGAGUAAUUUUUUUUGUAAUUAGGUGACUCUGGAGCUGCUUGAUUUUAUGUUCUUUAAGGAGCUUUCUUCAAAAGAUCAUGGUACUACACCAGCAAAGGUUUGUUUUUUAAACCGGUAUAUUUCAGAUUUCACAUUUAGUUGCAGAUAUUUAAGCUGCAGUUAUAGAACAAAUGAAUUGGGAAAGAUGGUUAGGAAAAGUAUUGAGUAUUGAAAAAUAACUUCCUGAACUAAAAGCUUAAGCUCACUUACCAAAAAGCUUAAACUCAUUUACCAAAUUAAAUGUUUCUCUGUAGGAUAAAUUCUGCCCUCUACGUAUGUGUGUGCAGCUCCAUUUGCAAAAAAAAAAAAAACCAAACAAACAAAAAAAACCAAACCCAAAACAAUCUGGCCAAAUCUGUAGCUAUACUUAUUUGCAAGAAGUCUGUUAAUUGUCUGAACUUUGUUCUCUGUCCUGCCACUAAAUCAAAAGGCACUCGGUAUCGAGGUGAUUUGAGUUAGUAAAUAUACUUCCACAAGCCUUAGCAUAUUAUUCUUGUAUAUUAGUUAGAGAUUCCUGAUUUGAGAUGCACUUUAAAUAUAAAUUCUCAUUAGUACUGCAAAAGGAAUGUAAACUGCUGCAGCAGCGUCAUGUGAGCGGUAAGAGAAUGUUAUUGUAUAAUGCUAUUAAGGAGCAAAGCUUAUACGUUUUGUCCCAGUAGGUAAGUAGAGGAGGAGUCCUGUAGCAAGAAAGUAUCCAUAACUGAAGGACUCUUGGAAAUGUUGCACUUCAGAUACCUACUCUUCAAAGCAGAUAGACAGGUUUACAUUUCAAAUUGUUCAGUCUUAAAUGCAUUUAAAACUAUUUCAACAUGGGAAGGUUCUCGUUUCUUGACACAAUGUGACAUGCUGUGCUCCUCUCAUACUCUACUCUUGAGUUGUAAUCUACUUUUUAUGAAGUUGCCCUAUAAUCACUUUAAAAUUACUAGGCAAAGACAAACCCCUACUUGGAAAUGUGUACAGUUGUGUUCUGCAGUACUACACUUUAAAGUGACGGGAUUUUUUUCAGUAUAUCGAAGGGCAGGUUUGUAUUUAAGUCUUUAAAUUAUUUUGGUUCUCAUACAGCGCUAUAGCCGUGUAAUUCCAUUCAGAUUCAAACCCAGGUAAUAAUCCGAAACUCUGUUCUCCUUUUGUGGAGACAGGCCAUCCGCAGGACCUCAAUGUAGUCUCUAAACUUUUUUUUUCAUGUUUACUCUGGUUUUGGAAGUAGGUUAAAAUAAACUGCAAUGUUCAACUACACUCCAUACUUAGUCUAUGAAUAGCUUACGUUCGAUAAAGAUAGGGGCUUCUGUUCAGUGUUUAUAAAGUCCUUGGUUUUCUUGUAUACAUCUAAGGUCAUAGACUGUCAGGAUGGUGGAAAAUGCUUGUUGGCAAAACUGCUUGGUUCAGAAGGCACUCUGGAAGUUAAGUGCCUAAAUAUGCAAGCAAAAUUUUGCUCUCUAACAUGAAAUCAAGGGUGGGUUUAAAUCCCUCUCUUCCAUUAACUUGAACUGUAGUUGCACGUACGUGGGAUGUCUGACAAUUUAUUUUUCUAAAUGCCCGCUGUAACCACUUAAAGAGCUUGUGCUUAGGUUUGGGUCCCUUCUUGGAUUCUUGUAAACGGAGGAAAGUGAGCAAGCUUGGCCUUAGCUGAAAAAGAGCAUCAGCUCAGGCUGAAGACAGCCUUGCAGAUCUAAACCGGAACGCGCGAGGCGUGCUGCCUGCCCCACGGCGUGCUGCCUGCCCCACAGCGCGCCGCCCAGCCUGCAGGAAGCCUGCCUGUGCAGGGACCGCUCCUGCAGUGGAGCCUAUUAACCUGAGACUUUAAAUGAAUGUAUUAUCUUACCAAAUGUUUAUAACAUGCUUUUUUUUUUUUUUUUUAAAAACCUUGAAAUAUUUUUAUCACAACUUUUGGAAUAAAUUCUUUUGUAUAAUUGCC